AUGCACCACCUCCGCGAUUCUUUGUUGGGCUCCCUGCCAAGGGAUGCUUCUUCUAUAGGCGACCAUGAUCGCAGAGACCAGGAAAGCACACGCCAGUCUAUCGCACGGGGUGAAUUCAAAGAAGUUCGAGGUGUUGCUUUCAGUAACCGUACCUGGAUCGUUACUAGCCGAUACUGCGAUAUUGGAGAUGGUGUGGAUUCGCUUGAAGGCUCCAUUCAUUCCCUGUGGUAUAUGUACUAUGAGCUUGGCCGAAAUAUCUCUUCCGAAUCACCUGAACAUGAGGCUGGAGAUAUGACCGAAUUCUGGCUCAAUCAUGGUGCUUCUAUGUCUGGAACACACCGUCUCAACUUUGCAACAUUCCUGGCUAAGCUUGCAUCCACUCGUGUCGCCAAGGAUAGGCUGUGCCAAAUUGCUCUUCUGAUCUUCCGUAACCUCUUUGAAAGCCCCCAAGCACUUCGAAGUGGGGAGGAGUCCGACGAGGAAAACCAGAACCGAGGCAUCAAGCAACUUGAGAUUUUCCAUCUGUUACCAGCUGCUAUUGCCUGGCUGAACAUAGCGGGCGACAACCUGAUUUUACUAUCAGAUGUAUACUGGAACGACUGCCCUAGUAACAUCGGCCGGGGUGGCGAGGGAUUCCUUGAAUCAGACCUCGGACAGCGAUCACCUACUGGAUUCUCGCCCUGGAGAUACAUGUUCUGGCUGAAGCGACUUCAUGAGAUUCAGGAAGAAGCUAAGCAGGCAAAUGAGAACGCGCUGGAGGAACUUGCCACGGAUGGCAUCGAAUAUAUGGUCGACAAAGUCAAAGACAGAAAUGCUGAGGUUCUCAGGGCUUACAAGAAUGGUGGUGAUGCCCUGCACCAGGAUAAAUAUCUUGUAUGUCUAAAGCCCCUUGCACUCGGUGAGGAGUCGGAGUCGUAG